GCAGGGCGAUUUGAAUCGUAGCAGCUGCUUCAUAGGUAUCUUCUUCUCGUCGGAGGUGCGAUCGAUGGCGGGGGAGAUAGUCGAUAAGACGGCGCUUCUCGGGAAGGUGAAGCAGGCCCCGCCGAGGGCAGCGUUCGUGACGUUCUUAGCGGGGAACGGCGACUACGUAAACGGGGUGGUGGGACUGGCGAAGGGCUUGAGGAAGGUACGAUCCGCCUAUCCAUUGGUGGUGGCGGUGCUCCCCGAUGUGCCGGAGAGCCACCGCCGCCUCCUUGUCUCGCAGGGCUGCAUCGUCCGCGAGAUCGAGCCCGUUUACCCACCGGAGAACCAGAUCCAGUUCGCCAUGGCCUAUUACGUCAUCAAUUACUCCAAACUCCGGAUCUGGGAGUUUGUGGAGUACAAGAAGAUAGUCUACCUAGACGCGGACAUCCAGGUGUACGAGAACAUCGAUCGCCUCUUCGAUCUGCCGGACGGCCACUUCUAUGCUGUGAUGGACUGCUUCUGCGAGAAGACUUGGAGCCACACGCCUCAGUUCAAAAUCGGCUACUGCCAGCAGUGCCCCGACAAGGUGUCGUGGCCCGCCGCCGCCGAUCUCGGCCCGCCCCCUUCCCUCUAUUUCAACGCCGGUAUGUUCGUCCACGAGCCCAACAUAGGCACCUACGAGUCUCUUCUCGCCACCCUCGAGAUCACGCCUCCUACCCCCUUUGCGGAGCAGGAUUUCCUGAACAUGUUCUUCAAGGACAUCUACAAGCCGAUUCCUUUGAUCUACAACCUGGUGUUGGCCAUGCUCUGGAGGCAUCCGGAGAAGGUGGAAUUGGAAAAGGUCCAAGUGGUUCACUACUGCGCUGCGGGAUCGAAGCCGUGGAGGUACACGGGGAAGGAAGCGAACAUGGACCGGGAGGACAUCAAGAUGCUGGUUCAAAAAUGGUGGGAGAUAUACAACGACAAGAGCCUCGACUACAAAUCACCGGCCUCGAUAAUAGCCGCGCCAACGGCGGCGGAGCAGCCGCUGCGGGAUGCGCUGUCCAAGGCCGGGGCGGCGGCCAAGUAUGUGGCGGCGCCGUCGGCAGCCUGACGUGCGGCUACUAUAACGAUUCUAUCUGUUGUAUCCUUUGUUUGUCCUCUCUUCUUUCGCACACGGGGAUGUAGCUACGGUGUUCUGCUACGUAUUACUGCUAAAAGAAAUACAGCGUAAUUAAUUUGGGCUUGCAACCCAGAAAUCAUGAUGCUUAUAGACUAAAACAUGAGUAUUAAAUAAUCAUCUUUUUCCUUGUUUA